AUGAGUCUCAAACAGACAGAAUGUGGUCAUGAGGGAGCGACGCAGGCACCGCUGCUUCACGACGCCUACACUGUAGGUUGGGUGUGCGCCCUACCCAAGGAGCAAACCGCCGCGAUUGCAAUGCUCGACCAACGCCAUCCCAAUAUUCCUAAUAUGCAGCCGCCGACCGACCCAAAUGCCUACACCCUUGGAUCAAUGGGCAAUCACAACAUUGUGAUUGCCUGCCUGCCCAAAGGCCAGAUCGGUGUCGUCUCAGCAAAUACGGUAGCUAUGAACAUGGUUUCUACUUUCCCAGCCGUAAGGAUUGGCCUCAUGGUGGGAAUCGGAGGCGGUGUUUCGUCGAACAAGGUCAGACUCGGCGACGUCGUUGUCAGCACCCCAACAGGAACACACCCCGGGGCAGUACAGUGGGACUUUGGCAAGGCAAAACACAGCGGCAAAUUUGAGCGUAUAGGAUCUCUGAACAACCCACCAACUUUCCUCCUGGCGGCACUGACGAAGUUGGAGACUUCCCAUGAAAUGGAAGGUUCAAGAAUUGAGGAAUAUUUAGCAGAGCUCGAGAAGAACUUUCCGAAAUUAGCGUCCAAAUACCUUCGUCCCGACGCUUUACGCGACAUUCUUUUCAAGGCAGACUACGUACACGUCGAUGCAGAAAGCUCAUCAUCGGACGAGGACGAAGAGCCCGACUUCUGCUGUCAAUGCGACAAGACAAAGGCCAAAGAGAGAAAGUUGAGGGAUACUCGCAUUCAUUACGGGCUGAUUGCCUCUGGAAACCAGGUCAUAAAAGAUGGAACAUUUAGGGAUAAGCUCAAUAAGGAUCUUGGUGGACACGUUCUUUGUGUGGAAAUGGAAGCAACUGGGCUCAUGAUAAAUUUUCCAUGUGUUGUCAUCCGAGGAAUUUGCGACUACGCGGAUAGCCAUAAAAGCAAAGGAUGGCAAGAGCACGCAGCUGCUGUAGCAGCAGCAUUUGCCAAGGAGUUCCUAGCUCAAGUAGAGCCCGACACCAUCCACGCAGAACGUUCAGCGCACGAUGUUCUCAAGAAUAGUGAGUAG